AUGUUUAAAUGGCUAUGUCCUUGCUCCGCUACCAAAUCAUCUGCACACAAAAUUCUACCUUCCAGGAAUUACAGUUCGGUCAUGUUGGGAAGCGUCGAAUCUCAAGCCCUUGUCGCUACUUUCAAAAAACAUUUCGUGGGCAGGUCUUAUGCCGCCCUGAAGAACGGGCCGGGUAAUACUUUUCACCAAGAAGAGCUUCACCGAAUUUUUCAAUCAGAUUUGGCUCAGGGCAAGACACUGCUGGAAGUAGGCGCCGGGCCGUUGGUCUGGUAUUCUUUCAUGUCCUCUAAUCGAUUCGACGACAUCGUGCUCAGUGACUUGGUCGAAGACAACAGGAAGGAGCUGGAGAAGUGGCUGAACAAAAGCGAAGAUGCCAUCGAUUGGACAGACCGUGCAGAGCAAGUCGCUGCCUUGGAAGGCUAUAGUGACCUCAAGAAGGGGGCGUCGGAAAUAAUGGAGCGCACACGUUCCUCCAUCCGGAAGGUGGUUCCCUGCAAUGUCCUGAAACCUGGAGUGCUCCCCGAAGAACACAAAGAAACCUUCGACGUCGUUCUUUCCUGCAACUGUCUGGAAAGUGCCACGGCGGACCACGAAUCCUUCCGAAGUGUUGUUAAGAACGUUGGAUCACUCGUCAAACCCGGUGGCUUGUUCCUUCUGGGCGGUAUCGGUGGUCUGAAGAGUUUCGCUGUGGCAAGCGCCGAUUGUAAUAUGGCGAACCUCACCGAAGAGGUGAUUAAAGGAGCAGUGGCAGAUGCCGGCUUUCAAUUAACACUAUACCAUACCAAAAACAUGGAGUUUGGUGGGAACGCUGGCGUAUUCUCGUUUAUCCUCGUGGCCAGUAAACCUAAAGUCGGGUAG